AUGGUGAAAGACUGUACUUUUUGCUGUAUUUCAGUGCCUGAUGACCUCUCCAUAGAGGAAAGAGAAGAACUGCUAAAUAUUCGUCGCAGGAAAAAAGAACUGAUUGAUGAUAUUGAGAGAUUAAAAUUUGAGAUAGCCGAGGUUAUGACAGAAAUUGAUAAUCUGACUAGCGUAGAAGAAAGCAAAGCUACGCAAAGAAAUAAGCAAGUAGCUAUGGGAAGGAAGAAAUUCAACAUGGAUCCUAAGAAGGGGAUACAGUUUCUGAUAGAAAAUGACCUCCUGCAGAACACUGCAGAAGACAUUGCACAAUUCCUUUAUAAAGGAGAAGGAUUAAAUAAAACGGUAAUUGGAGAUUACCUUGGUGAAAGAGACGAAUUUAAUAUUAAAGUUCUUCAGGCUUUUGUUGAACUCCAUGAGUUCGCUGAUCUCAAUCUUGUGCAAGCCUUAAGGCAGUUUCUGUGGAGCUUCAGGCUCCCAGGAGAGGCUCAAAAAAUUGAUCGUAUGAUGGAAGCUUUUGCUUCACGCUACUGUCUUUGUAACCCCGGAGUCUUUCAGUCUACAGAUACGUGCUACGUGCUAUCGUUUGCAAUCAUUAUGCUAAAUACCAGUCUGCACAACCACAAUGUAAGAGAUAAACCAACAGUAGAGAGAUUUAUUUCUAUGAAUCGUGGAAUUAAUGAAGGUGGAGACCUUCCUGAAGAAUUGCUACGGAAUUUAUAUGAAAGUAUUAAGAAUGAGCCAUUUAAAAUUCCAGAGGAUGAUGGAAAUGAUCUAACGCAUACAUUUUUUAAUCCAGAUAGAGAAGGUUGGCUGCUGAAAUUAGGGGGAAGAGUAAAAACGUGGAAACGAAGAUGGUUUAUUCUGACUGAUAACUGCCUGUAUUAUUUUGAAUACACAACAGACAAAGAACCUAGAGGAAUUAUUCCUUUGGAAAAUCUUAGUAUAAGAGAAGUUGAAGACCCUAGAAAACCAAACUGCUUUGAGCUCUAUAACCCCAGUCAUAAAGGUCAAGUAAUUAAAGCCUGUAAAACUGAAGCUGAUGGCAGAGUGGUAGAAGGCAACCAUGUAGUAUAUCGGAUAUCUGCUCCAACCCCAGAAGAAAAGGAAGAGUGGAUUAAAUCUAUCAAAGCAAGUAUCAGCAGGGAUCCCUUCUAUGAUAUGCUGGCAACAAGGAAACGAAGAAUUGCAAAUAAGAAAUAGAAACUGAUCAGCAACUCGUAUACGUGCAUCAGCCUAUAAAUGAGCCUACAGAGUGAUAAAAAAGUAAAGUAAAAAUUGGAUAAACUAAAUGACAACUAUUGUAAAUGAUAUAUAUCCACACUUUACUACAACAUAAAAACUUGGCAAGACCUUUCAGGGUAAAUAGUUAUUGGCAUAUAAUUUGAAGUAAGGCUCAAAUCCCAGAGGAUGGUUUUGUUGGGACUUAAUUCAAUUGAAAAUAUGGAAGCCUUGUUUUCACUUGUAUUAAUUGCAACUCCACUGUACUUGGGUCAGAAAAAAGGGAAGAAAUUUCAGGCUAACAGUAAAAUAUCCUAUACCUGUUCCUUGAGCACAUUGCCUAUAAAGAAGUGAUUAUAAGUCCUUUUAUCGCUCACUAAGAUGCAGCACUAGAAAGUUGAGUACAGAAUGAUCUAGCACUUAAUUUUUCUGUAAGCAGAAAACCCGAAAUAUUAAUACAAGCUUACAACUCUUGUGUGUUUUGCAGUAAAUGAACAGCUGAGUGAAGCUUUCACUUAGAAUUCUCUCUCCUAUCUUUUAUGGAAAUAGCUUUUCUUCUUCAGAAAUGCAACUCAAUGGUAAACUGGCAGCUACAUCGUUAACUAGUUGUGCCAAAGGGUUUGGUUGAUAUGCACUGAAAAAUAUGCAGGUCCCGACAGCAAAGGUUUGAGUCUGUAGACAUGACGUUGAAUACAGAUGUGGUUUAAUACUUGCCAGUAGGCUAAAACUCAUUCCUGUCUGCUCAUUCACUCACGAUAAGCAGUAAGAUUUAAUGACUGGUUUAAUCUGCUUUUUUAUAUAAUAACAUCCUUAUUUUUUAGAUAUGUUAUAGUUUAAUUAACAUUAAGUUACUACUAAAGGAAUAAGAUGACAGGGCUUGCAUUGGUUCUAAGGGUCUAGGUUUUGCAUGCAUCCUCCAAAAUUUCAUAUGCAUUUAACUUUUAAAAAGCAGGAGGAAGAAGGUGUAAACUUUCCGUACGAUACAGCCCUAGCUAGUUAGACAAGCAGGAUUCAUUCCUUUGCUUGAUAAUGAACUUUGGUUGUACAGAAAAGUUCACUGUUUUCAUAUUCUUAAAGGCGAUCUUUCAGAUCUGUGCUUCAGUAGUUGAAAUUGAAAAACUGAAUGGACAUCCUUAUUUUUACUUUAGGAACAAAGUCCUACAAAAAUUAUCUGGUGCAACUCUGCUCUUCCCCUGCCGUUCUCCGUUGUAAAUUGUUUAAUGUGUUUCUGUGGCCCUACUCUGACUGUCCCUCAGUGACACAUGUAAGCUGCUGCCGUGGCAGAUUUUACUGCAACACUUUUCUAUUAAUAGUGCACAUAAGUACUUCUACUGUUAAGGUAACCCCCCCUAAUUCCAGAAUGGGGGCAGAAGUGUUUUUGGACCUUACUGCUUCUAUUAGUACACGGUUUUCCAGAAACUUGUUGAACCUGAGCCGUGCCUACUGUGCCAGUGAAUGCUUUGGGGACCUGAUACUUGUCAAAGCAAUUUUUGCUUCUCAGUUACAGCCGCAUCUCUGACUGCAUUUUAGGGAAUUGUGCUGCACUGACAAAAAUAUAGAUGUAUUAAUUUGAUCUAUUUCAAAUCUUAAUUUAACUUUAAGGGAGAGUCCGUUUCAUGGUUCUUGUCUUACUAAUUUGCCUUAUUUCGCAUGGGGAUAUCAGCCUGUGAGUGCUCCGUUCCAUUACAUGUUUUUCAAGAGGCUGAGAGAAAAGAAUGGAGUGAACUUUUUUCACACUAUAAAUUUUUUCGUGUGUGUGUGGAACUACAGUCCACUCAGAUCUAAGUGUUUGGAUCUCAAAGUUUUUAAAGGAACAGAAUUCGGCCAAAGCGGGUAGAACUCUUUAAUGCUCAGUAUGGGGAAGCUGUUGCUUAAUGGAGCCUCUUUAAACUCUCCAUAGACACUAAUUAAGUUGUACAUCCUGUGUUUGCAAAGCAGCAUGAUUAUACAGCUGCUAACAUAGUGACUUGUUUUGAGUCUUCUGUUCUACACCUUUAAAAAGCUUUGAUUUCAAGCAAAGCAUAUGACAGUUUUAGCCUUGACAAAUAGAUGUGUAAUACAAGUGGAGAGAAACCAGAAUCGGUGGUACUAAUGCGUGUAAAGCUGAAAUGCAGCGAUUAAAGUAUGUCUGGAGAAAUGUGAGAUUACAAAAGCAUUAAUAAGCCAUGAAGCACUUUGGUAUCCAAUCUUAUCUUCUGAAAUAUCACCUUCAAGAAAAUCUAUUUAUUUAACCAGAUGAGCAUGUCCGUCUGUAAGCAUGAAGGAAAUGCCUUGAGAGUUCGUUUGCUAUAUUUAGUUUGAAGUUUUUAUAUCCUGCAGAAAUAAUACUUAGAGUAACAUGUAACUGAGGAUAUUAUAGCAGGUAAUAUAUUAUUUCUUAGCAUUAAAAAGUGCCAUCUUAAACAGCUGUUUGUGGUGCUCAAUAUAUCUUAUUUAAUUUACUACCAAAGCUAAUGGAAUAGCGUUCUUGUGUGUGAUUAAUAUUUGAUUUCAAAUGUUCUUUGUAACAGUAUUAACAGGGAAUGAAAUUGGCCCAAAAUUUCCACUGGCCACGAGGCCAGUAAAACGAAGUGGCUUGUGAAAAUUUUGGC